GGUAACCCCAAAGUAGGCAGAAGCCAUGACGGAAUUUGAUAAUCUCCUGAUCAAAGUGGCUAAACAAGUCUUCCUAAACUCGGAAAUCGACACAUUGGGAAGAGAGCUUGGAUUUACUCCUACCGAUGUUCAACGUCAUAUAGCAACUAAUCUCAAAACACAGAACGUUACUUGGGAUGGAACUCUUAACAUGCUCCGGGAUUGGCGUAAAAGUCAAGAAAUUGCAACAGAGAGAGAAGGUCUGAAGACUGCUCUGAAGAAAGCAGGUCAAAUUCGUCUGGCUGAUGAACUCUUUCCUCUAAGUUACUCUGUAUCUCAGACUGAAAUACAUGACAGAGAUGUCAAAGCAAAGCGACGCAAAGUCGAAAUUCCUUCUCCGAGUGUCAAAGAAGACGACCAAAAACAACGUGACCGAGACGACACUGGAGACGACAUGAGGAAGCAAGUCGAUGAGAACAUGGACCAUGAUGAGAAACGGGCCAUGUUAGAGAAAAUUAAACAACCGCGCAAGAUAGUUGAAUCGAAACUUACGGACCUUUCGAAUUCAUCAAGUAAGCAUCUCGAUACAAUUAAGGGUGAUAUACAAGAGACAUUGGAAGAUAUUAAAGGUAAUUUUAAUGAUAUAAAACGGAAAAAAAAUAAAUUGAUUAGGGAUAUUGACAAGGAGGCAGAUAAGGAAAUACGAGCAAUAAAAGAAAGGCGACAAAAACAGAUCGAAGCCUAUAAAGGUGAGAUAGCACGGGAACAAAAAAUAAGCGAAGACAAACAAGCUAAAUUGUUACCAUGCUUGUCAGACACAGAUAAAAUCAGCGAAAUAGUUUCCGACAAGAUAAUGGAUCUUACUGGUAAGAUUCCGGAUGCUAUAAAGGAUAACCAACAUGAUGAAACAUUGGUGAAUGAAGCUCCUCAAGUACUUGCAUCCAUUGAUGAAAAUUUAAGUUUGAAUGUUCAUCAAGAUGUUAGCAACUGCCUUGACCGAAUAAAGAGUGAAGUUGAGAGAGUGAAGUUUGUAGAGGGGGAAGUAGGUGGAGAAUACUAUGGUAGAGUUGAUGGGUAUAUCGGUAAAUGGGAAAUUGCCAAGUCAAUCCACAUUUCAUCGGUUGUUAAUAGGCCGCGGGUGCUUGAUCUGGUCAGUGAUGAAGAAAUAUGUGUGCAAGACGUACGUAACAAAGACAUGUAUAUUACAAACAUCAACACUCAACACACAGAGAAAGUCAUUGAUGGAGGUGUGUCGAUUACAUCUUGUGCGCCCAUAGACAGUAACGUUAAAGUAUGUGGUAAGGUGAGAGAUUAUCGCACGGAAGACAGGUCGGAUGUAUUCAUCACUCUCUAUGACAGACAAUGGAAGGUGAUUAGAGACAUCAGCAUACCAAGGGAUGGGAAGGGUAAUAAUGUGUAUGUUGGUGUUGACAGGGAUGGGAUGAUCCUCGCUGCUCAGUACAAUCGGUCUAAUAUCUACGUCAUCAAUCCUGCUGAUGAUAAGAUAGUAAACGCUAUUACGAUGCAGGGUAAGGAGGUGAUGGGUGGGAUACAAGCCUUGUCAUCAGGUGAUAUCGUUGUGAAGACAGAUAAUGAUAAAUACACUGUCAUCUCACGAUCAGGAGAAGAGAAGGCUGUCAUGCACUGUGAUGAGUGGGACUGGUCAGAGUGUCGCGUUGACAAACUGACAGACACACUCUACAUCGCGUACAGGGAUGGGGAUGAAGCGAGUAAUACAUACGCAGUUGAUCAGGUGUCACGUGAUGGUUUCAUCCAGGCAAAGAAGAUCAUGAAAUACGUGAAAUCAGAUCGCUCUGACUGGGUCAGCCCUUGUCUUGUUACUCCUUCUGGUAACCUCGUAGGAUGUGAUGGAGACCAGCUCCUUGUUUACAAGAAAGUCUUCAUGGGUUAUAGAGAGAGUCUCCAAGGAAUGGAUAUGGCAGAAAUCGGUGGCAGUAGUGUUUCUUCAGCAAAAGCCCAUCAGAAAGAAGUUCACACCCUUGAAAGCAGAGAGGAUUCAGGUGAUAUUCCUGAAAUGAUUCGAAUCACGAAAUAUGGCAUAGAAGUACAAAUACCACCAAACAAAGCUUACAGUGCAAAGGAUAUUACGGUCGAAGUGAUUGACGAGGUUCCACCUGAGUUGAAGAUCAAGGAAACAGAAGCAAUCAUUACCUAUGGUUUGAAGAUGAAGGCGCCUUCUAAUGCAAUCUUUGAACAUCCAGUUCAAGUGACGAUGCCUCACUCUGCUGUAUUCAAACAACCAAAGAAUGCGGAAAUCAUAUCAUACUGUAGGAAAAGUGCUUCUGCAGACUUUGUUGCAAUACCUUCUACAAAAGACAUCAGUCCUAGGUGUGUGGUAAGAAAAGGGGACCUCGAUAUCUACUUCCAUCACUUCUGCGAAUAUUGGUUCGUUGCUGUCCGUGCUGUCUACGACCUGUAUAACAAAUUCAAGGGAAUAUUCAUUGGAAAGCGCCUUGUCUGUACGCCCUAUGUUCCGAUACCACCUUUUCUGAGCAAGAUACACAUCUUGUUUGUCCAUAUAAGAGAUGCACACAAGGAAGAGGGGGAGGUCCCGACUGGAUAUAAAGCUCCAUUCAAAGGAGAUGAAUUCCUAUUUGAGUGGGGAUCUGGCCCACUGAUGAUUAGCUGUCCAGAUAGCACCAUGGCUGAUUCUCCAACGAUUCUCGAGGAAAGAAAGAUACGCUACCUGACAGACCUGAACCCCAAAUUCAAGGUGGACACGACGAAUAUCCCAGAUGCUGAGAUGAUAGUUACUUUUUUAUUGAAACAGAGCACAACAAGUGAACUCCCGGUUAAAAUGCAGUUAAUUGAGACUCCUAGUACAUCAACAAGAUACCGUGAUUCUAGAACCGAUAGUUCAUCAUCAACUCCAGACUUAGAUAUACUCCAAGCAGAACAAUGGAACACUGCUCCUGUGUCAGUAGGUGCUCAACCUAGAGUUGAUUUAUCAGCCGGCGCGACAAAAAUUCCAUCUCAGGUAGAUAUGCCAAGACAUAAACUGACUGAUGCCAUUUUGCUUGAACUUGCCAACCAAAUUAAUUCCACGGCUUAUCCAGUCAGAGAGUUUGCUGUAGAUCUAGGCUUUGAUGAAGCCACCGCAGCUUCUGCUGAGCAGAUGGCGACACUGACUAUGGAUCCGCAAAGGGGAUACACGAUUAUUCUUAAUAAGUUUGUCUUGGUGAAUGGACGAGGUGCUCAGAAACUCAUAAAUAUAUUUACAGAGAAGAAAAAGAAGCUCCUUGUAGACGUUAUAACGGAAGGGAUGGGAUGAUCAUUGCUGCUCAGGAACACCAGCCUAAUAUCUACGUCAUCAAUCCUGCCAAUGAUAAGAUAGUAAACACUAUUACGAUGAAGGUUAAGAAGGUGUUGGGUGAGAUACAAGCCCUGUCAUCAGGUGAUAUCGUUGUGAAGACAGGUAAUGAUAAAUACACUGUCAUCUCACGAUCAGGAAAAGUGAAGGCUGUCAUACACUGUGAUGAGUGGAACGUACCACAGUGUCGCGUUGACAAACUGACAGACACACUCUACAUCGCGUACUGGGAUAGAGGGCGUAAAGGCGACCGCACACCUUACGAUUGGUUUGCGGCGACCCGAUUUAAGAAUAGAAUGUAGUAGAAUUUAAUGCUAAUAUUUAGACUUGGAAUAUCUUACUGUGUAAUGUUCUAAAUCGCCAUACGAAUACAUAUGUUCAAAUUUGCAACUAUGCUAUCAUCCUUAGAACAAAAGAUAAUUUAAUAUCUAGUCGUAAUGACAUCAUAGCCGUCGUACGAUUGGCUACGAUUUGAAACUGAUUUGGCCUUUACUCCAAAAUAAAAACUUGCAAUCUUUCAAAAUGGUUAUAUUAGUAUUCUUUCAAUAAAUUUCAACCUAAACAAAUGAUAUGUUCUAUUCACAUUUUCAAUAAAUGAGCAAAAUGUGAUUUGUUCGAAAAUCGGAUCGCGAACAGUUGUGCGGUCGCCUAAAGAAAAAAAAGGUUAUCACCCCAAAUGUAAGGGGGCAUUUUGACC